AUGCAAUGUACCUCAACGUGUAAGAAUUGUGAAACUGAUGAAGCCGAGUUUCUUACUGUAGACGUUUUGAAAGAUGUUUCGAUUGAUCCUGCAGUUGAAGAAUUAGUUACGAAUACAGAAGAAACAGGAGUUGAAUUAAGUACUUCGCCGGAAGAUUUAAAUAAUCGAAAAGUGUACUGCGAGCAACCAUCACUAGAAUCUUGUUCCAUAGUUUAUUUUGCAGGCUACUUAGCAAAAAAGUGUUUGGAUAAGUUUUUAUGCACAGAUUGUGAUUUGACUAAAAACAAAAAUGAAUAUUUAAACGAACCACCACAAAUUUUAAUUCUAAAAAAAACGUUCGACAACGUUGGACUGGCGCAAGGUCUCAAAACUCCAUCGGAUAAGCUUGUAGAAAUAGUUGAAAUUUGUUUAAAUGUAUUUGAAAAUUAUUUUCCAAAAAUCAAGACUGAAAAAAAAAUUAUAUUUUCAUUUAAAGAAAAGGCUCUACCAAUAAUAUACCAAAAAUAUUCUGAUGUCGAGAACUCCACAUGUCACAAUCAUUAUAUUAUGUAUAUUAUUGAGUUGUUGUUUAGAACAAAAUUAUAUAAAGAAUGUAAAGUGGAAAAUACUAACGUAAGAAAGCGAGUAGUGCAGGACACGGAUAAGUUACGUAUAUUACAGAAUAAAUGA